CAGAGUGUAGGGUUUUCAUUAUUACAAUGGUUGGAGACGUUAUCAAGAAGUAGCCUAGUCGGUUUCCGGACAGUUUGAUUGGGAUGGGAUUCGGUGUUAAAAUAUAGCGUUCUCUCGUUUUCGCAAAAUGGCGUUCAUGUUUUGAUAGAUUGACAUUGCUCUCAGCCAAUGAUGCAUGAAUUGGCCUGUUUUUGCAGAAACGGUUGGCUUCUGAUGACAUCAUUCGGACAUCGGUUGUAGGCGGGUUCUGAGCUGUGAGGGGAGAGUGGCGCAACCGGAGAACUUGCAGAGCCAGGCGCCAUUAGGGCUGAGUCAAGAAACUGCAUUGAAAUGCAAGAUAAAUACGUGUACAAAGGUGGAAACGACACGAGUCGAUCCAGUUUCUGAACAACCCUCCAUCUCGACCAAUCAUAGCGCUCGUUGUUGGUUGGUCGCCCUCUGUCAAGGUGGAACGACAUUUUGAGAAAACAACACUGGGGGAAGAGAGAAAAAACGAUGUCUUCUUUAGGAAGGGCCAUGGGUGUCCUUAGGGCCGGGACGCAGCUUCUUACACGUGGACCUCAGAAAAUAGUAACCCGAAAAGCUGGUGGUGGUCCACACAUAGAGGCCCAGUACAGGCAAUUCCCACAACUCACCAAGAGCCAGACGUUCCAAGCAGAGCUCCUCAGCAGUGCCAUGUGGUUCUGGAUCCUGUGGCACUGCUGGCAUGACCCAGAUGCAGUAAUGGGUCACUUCCCGUGGCCUGAUGCAUCCGCAUGGACAGAUGAGGAACUGGGGAUCCCAGCUGAUGAGGAAUGAGGUGCCCUCUACCCCCAGACCUUGUGUGUGUGUGCCCGGUCGCUACCCAAGUCUACCUGGAGGUUAAGGGUGUCCCGAGAGGCUUUGCUGUACAUAGACAAAUAAAAUUCAAUUUACUCUAAAACAUA